CGCGGUCAUGUGACUUCAGGAAGAUGGCUGCCCUGACAGCGGAGCAUUUUGCAGCACUCCAGAGCCUGCUCAAGGCCUCCUCAAAAGAUGUUGUCAGACAGCUGUGUCAAGAAAGCUUUUCCAGUUCAGCCCUUGGCUCGAAAAAACUCUUGGAUAUUACAUGUUCCAGCUUGUCUGUGACCCAGGAGGAGGCAGAGGAACUGCUCCAGGCUCUGCACCGCCUCACUAGGCUGGUGGCAUUCCGUGACCUGUCCUCUGCCGAGGCAAUUCUGGCUCUCUUUCCAGAAAAUUUCCACCAAAACCUCAAAAACCUGCUGACAAAGAUCAUCCUAGAACAUGUGUCUACUUGGAGAACCGAAGCCCAGGCAAAUCAGAUCUCUCUGCCACGCCUGGUGGACCUGGACUGGAGAGUGGAUAUCAAAACCUCCUCAGACAGCAUCAGCCGCAUGGCCGUCCCCACCUGCCUGCUCCAGAUGAAGAUCCAAGAAGAUCCCAGCCUAUGCGGAGACAAACCCUCCAUCUCAGCUGUCACCGUGGAGCUGAGCAAAGAAACAGUGGACACCAUGUUAGAUGGCCUGGGCCGCAUCCGAGACCAACUCUCUGCCGUGGCCAGUAAAUGAUCCAGCCAGCUGCCAGCGCCACUGCCAUGACCCAGCUGCUCAUGAGUGAUAAAUGUCUCCCCAUAUGCAGGCUGCCCUUGCAGCUGCAGCUGACAACAGGCAGGAUGGUGGGGACAGCAGGGGGCUACUGCCAUCCAGAAGUUACAGUUGGAUUGGGAAGAAGCAGCCAGAUCCCCCGCUGUUCUCCUCACUCAUCUUCUUUCUCUUUCUGAAGCUGGAGAGCAGAAGCCCCCAUCUUUGAAAAGCUCCUGAGUGCAACUUAAUUACCACAUGGCAGGGUGAGGGAACAUUUGCCUCGUCAGCUGCUUCUGCAUAGCUGUUUGGGAAAUUCAGGCCCAAAUCAUGCAGCCUAUCCAAUAAGUUUAUUUCCAGCAUUAGCUCUAAUUAGUUCAUUUCCAAUCCCACAUGGAGGGAGUCAGACAGGUGAUGCCAGCAGUCCCCGCUCUGUCAGGGAAGCCAGGCAGAGCCCACAGAGCAUGGUCCAUCCAGAGUGUUCCCUGAGCCCCCUCCACCACACUGGCACCCCUCUUCAGUGUAGGAAGUCUGAAAUGGGUGCUAAUUCCCUUCUUCAUGAAACCAGGGCCCUCUUCCUUGAUCUAAUGCAGCCACUCCUAGGUGAAGAAGUGGGAAUAAUUGGAAAUAAACAACAGUUCUAAAACUUCCGUGAUUUUUGUAGCUUCUUUUGUCCCCAAGUUGUGGCCUUUGGCCAGUACUUUCUCUAGUUUUUAAAUAUGAUCCCAACUUCCUAAUUCCCAGCUAAGCCCUUGACCCAUGGUGUGACAUGAAAUCAGGCAAAUGAAUCACACCACCUUCUGUGUUUUCACCUGUUACAUAGAACAAAAGGAAGCGAGGCAGCCAGGCGCAAUGACUCACGCCUGUAAUCCCAGCACUUUGGGAGGCCGAGGCAGGCAGAUCAUGAGGUCAGGAGAUCGAGACCACGGUGAAACCCCGUCUCUACUAAAAAUACAAAAAAUUAGCUGGGCGUGGUGGCGGGCGCCUGUAGUCCCAGCUCCUCGGGAGGCUGAGGCAGGAGAAUGGCAUGUACCUGGGAGGCAGAGCUUGCAGUGAGCCAAGAUCGCACCACUGCACUCCAGCCUGGGCAACAGAGAAAGACUCAUCUCAAAAAAAUAAAUAAAAAAUAAAAAGGAAGCAAGGCUAAUCAUCAGUAUGUGCUUGUUACAAGAGCUAUGAUGAAGGCACUCCUUCGAGUUUAACCAAAUGAGAUCAUCUCUGUCGUGCCUCACGCCUCACAGGGACUCCAUGUGUGAAGAUUCCCCCUUCACUCUCCAGAUCAUCCCCAUGGCAACAGCUUGCAGCCUGCUCUUGGAGUGCUUUGUUUUGGCAGCUUCUCUGCUAGUUGUGUAUGGAGUGAAUGGAGGAGGUAAAUCCGCAGAUUAAGAAUAUGCUCUCAGGAGUCAUGCAGCCAAGGUCAGAAGCCAGCUCUGCUUCUCAGUGGUAAGGUGCUUGACCUCUAAAUCUCAAUUUUCACCCACUUUGUACUUUUUUCUGAAAUUAAAUGAGUAUAAUAGUAGUACCUACUUGAUAGGACUUUUGUGAAAAUUAAAUGAUAUAAUACACCUAUAAACACUUAGUACUGUUACAACUAAUAGGAAAGGCUUUGAUUAUUAAUGGAUGAGAGUAGAAAGCUUGGUGUAUUUAUUGUCUCAUCUACUAUAACAGAGUUGGUGUGAGAAUUAGUAUUAUUAUCCUCCCUUUAUUGACCAGGAAACCAGCUCAUUGAGAUUGAGUCAUCUGCUGGUAAAUGGUCUCAUGAAGAGGUGGGCCCAUGUUUCUCUAGCCUUCUCUUUACAACACAGGACUUUGCAAGGAACAUAUAAUUCUGUGACUAGCGCUAUUUGGAAAAUGUUGAAACUGAAGUAGAGAUGAGAGAGCUUACGUCUGCCUACCCAGUGAGAUACUAGGAAGGUCAAGGGAAAAAAAAUUCCAAGCUCUUCUUUAUCUGCUAUAGGAAAUGAACAUUUAGUUUUUUGCAUGCAAUGACAAGAGGUCAAGGACCCCAGAAGCCAGCCCACUAAUUCCAAGUUAAGAGCCCCUGGUCGUACCCUCCAGUUGAGCUCAGCCUUGUCACAAAUUUACCCCUCUCCUUUCCUUGCAUUCCCCAUGACCUGCAGAGAGAGAUCUCAGAUACCUUCCUCUUGGCCUCCCAUGGGCAUCCAUAAGAAACUUACUUGAAGCAAGAAGCCCAGUAUAGGUGUGUGGGCAGUUGGACAUUUCCUCUAGCCAGAUCUGUCCGAAUAGAGCCAUCUGGGUACAUGACGCAGAGGGCAUUUGAUAAAUAACUGGAAAAGUCAAUAAAUGUUUGCUACCCUU